GGCUUGUACCUAGUGAAGGUCGGGCAUGAAUUAAUGACACAGGCGGGGUUACUGGAAAAUCGCAAGCAGAUGGGAGGCGCACCUGAUCAAGUGGGCUGGAGAUAACUGGAAUCGAGGGAAGGACUGGCUGAUUCAAGAGGCGAUGCUUGAGGUGCCGUGGGUGUGGUUAAUGCGUGUUACUUCAUUUGAGCGGAGGAGAGGGGUUUGGUAGAGUUGCGUGGUUUAAAGUGAUCAGGAUCGGGUUGUAAGCAGCACUAGUUCAUAGAAGUAAAUCCAGAAUAAAAGUGUAUGGACUGGAAAGAGUGGGUUAAAAAAAAAAAACAAACAAACAAGAAACGAAAUUAGAAAAAGUUUGAAAAAAAAGCUAAGAAAAACCUGGAAAAAAGAGGACACACAAUGGAAUGAAAUUGGAAUGGAAAUAUAAAGAGACAGGCUGUUUUCGCUUAUAAAGAAAGCUUGUUAUUUAUUUUAUAUAUAUUUUUUGUUUGUGGACAUGUGGAUGCGUGUUCGGGAUAAACCGAUACAACAAGACAACCCGAGCAAUUGUAAACAGGUCAAUCUGUCACCGCGCUUGCAAGGUGAAGGGAUUCAAACGAAUGGUACGCAAAAAAAUGAUUGAAGAGAUGUGAAUACUUUAAAAAAAAAGACAGUGGGACAACUACUUCAACCAGUUUGUAUCCUAAAGACUGAAAAAGCGGAGAUAAAAACAGACGGGCAACUUCUUUACGCAAAAAUGAUAUAUUAAUUCCAACAGGUGGAAAUGGCGUCUCCGAUGUUGAAGACCCUGCUCUUUGAAAUCCUGCAGUGCGUUGCCCUGCUGUUCCUGGUCGAGGUACCGCAUUUUGCAUCUGGGGCCUCCAAGGAGAUCGUAUGCCAGGAAAUCACGGUGCCCAUGUGCAAAGGCAUCGGAUACAACCUGACCUACAUGCCCAACCAGUUUAACCACGACACUCAGGACGAGGCUGGCCUCGAGGUGCACCAGUUCUGGCCCCUGGUUGAAAUCCAGUGCUCCCCUGACCUGCACUUCUUCUUGUGUAGCAUGUACACCCCCAUCUGCCUGGUGGAUUACAAGAAGCCCCUGCCCCCCUGCAGGUCUGUGUGCGAGCGCGCCAAAACCGGCUGCUCCCCCCUCAUGAGGCAGUAUGGCUUCGGCUGGCCGGAGAGGAUGAACUGUGAGAAGCUGCCAGUGUUAGGGGACCCAGAUAACCUCUGUAUGGACUACAACCGGACCGAGACCACCACCACGUCGCCGCUGUUUCAGAAGCCCACCCGUCCCCCAAAGGGCCCCCCGAAAGGGCCCGGGCAGAAGGCUGCGGAUUGUGGGCGGCAGUGCCGCUGCAGGGAGCCCCUGGUUCAGAUCCACCGGGAGGCCCACCCCCUCUACAACAAGAUCAAGACGGGCCAGGUGCUCAACUGUGCCGUCCCCUGCUACGAGCCCUACUUCUCUCAGGACGAGCGCACGUUUGCCACCUUCUGGAUCGGCCUGUGGUCCAUCCUGUGCUUCAUCUCCACCUUCACCACCGUGGCCACCUUCUUGAUCGACAUGGAGCGGUUCAAGUACCCGGAGCGGCCCAUCAUCUUCCUGUCCACCUGCUACCUCUUCGUGUCCAUCGGAUACAUCAUCAGACUGAUCUCCGGACACGCCAGCGUCGCCUGCAACAAAGACUACCAGCACGUGCACUACGACACCACCGGCCCCGCGCUCUGCACCGUCGUCUUUCUGCUGGUCUACUUCUUCGGCAUGGCUAGCUCCAUCUGGUGGGUCAUCCUGUCCUUCACCUGGUUCCUGGCGGCUGGCAUGAAGUGGGGGAAUGAGGCCAUCGCCAGCUACUCCCAGUAUUUCCACAUGGCGGCCUGGCUCGUCCCCAGUGUCAAGUCCAUCGCCGUCCUGGCUCUGAGCUCUGUGGACGGGGACCCCGUGGCUGGGAUCUGCUACGUGGGCAACCAGAACCUGGACAACCUGCGUGGGUUUGUGCUGGCCCCGCUGGUGGUGUACCUCUUCACUGGGACCAUGUUCCUGCUGGCAGGCUUUGUGUCUCUGUUCAGGAUCAGAAGCGUGAUCAAGCAAGGGGGAACCAAGACGGACAAGUUGGAGAAGCUGAUGAUCCGCAUCGGCAUCUUCACCGUGCUUUACACCGUCCCGGCCACCAUCGUGGUGGCCUGUUACACCUACGAGCAGCACUACAGGGAGAGCUGGGCCAAGGCUCUCAACUGCUCCUGCCCAGGGAGUGAAGCCCCGUCUGGGCCUGACUAUGCAGUCUUCAUGCUGAAGUACUUCAUGUGUCUGGUGGUGGGCAUCACCUCCGGGGUGUGGAUUUGGUCCGGCAAGACCCUGGACUCGUGGAGGAGGUUCAGCAGCAGGUGCUGCCGAGGCAGGAAGCCCACCAGCGCCUCCAUGUACAGUGAGGCCAGCACGGCUCUGACUGCCAGGACUGGGGUGGCUAGCUCAGGCUCCUACCACAAGCAGGUGCCACUUUCUCAUGUUUAAAGCACAGCUUGC